AAUAAGAUCUUUAUUCAGAAUAUAUAUUAUUGAUUGACUGUAUUGAUAUGACUGUACCUUAUAUCUUUGCCACAAUGUACUACAAUUAUUGACAUUUAAAAAUAAAAAUAAACAAUAGUGUUGAAAGAUCAAUGUUAUUAAAUAACAUAAUUAUCAUAUUGCAUGGAAAAGUAAAAAAAAGUAAAAGUUGCAUCUGAAAGUUUCUGUUCUCUUGGCUACCAGUUUUUGGCAAUUUAUUAAAUUAUUUAGUAAGCCCAUAACAUUAUUAACUUAUUUUAAGCCCAUAACAUUUAUAGCAAUUAUGAAGUUUAACCUUUAAUUUUAUUAUUAACUAUUUCUCUUCUUUUUGUUGUUGUUGUUGUUAUUGUUGCAAGAUUCAAUGUACUUAUCCUUUUUAGUAGGUAUAACUUUAAUUUUACACAAUGUCUCAGCAUUCAGAAAAAGAGUGUAUUGACGCUAGCACAACAAAUAUUGGUCUUUGCACAUCUCCUUUAAAUAAAUUUGUAUGGAAUAUGGCUAACACAAGAGUAUUAUUAGAUUUAUGGAAAGAUAAUUACAAUGCAUUAACAUCUGCAAGAAGAAACACAAAUAUUUACAAACAAAUGGCAGCUGAAUUUUCAAACACAUUUAAUAUCGUACCUCCGUUAACUGGAUAUCAAAUUCAAUCUAAAAUUAGUAAUUUGAGGAAACAAUUUAGACGAGAAAAACUUCAAGUUGGUUCAUCGGGAGGAGCUCCUAGUAAAUGGUGGCCUUACGAUAUUGUUGCCAAAAUAAUAGGUGGUGAAGCUUUCCUUGACAAUGACCUUUUAUCUCAUAGUCAAAACUUUUCUAUUCAAGAUUUUCAAGAUGGUCAGAUUGCCACAAUGGAAGAUGGCAAGGAGACUGUCAGUAUUUUAAAUACUGAAGCUUUGGAUGAUACAAGCGAUGUGCAAUCAAUUGUCACUAUUCCUGAUGAGGAACCAACUCAAUCUACAUCCGGCUGCAAUAAACGGAGGAGCUCUGAUGAUGAAAAAACUUUGAAUAAAAUAGCAAAAACUGAACCGGUGAGAAAAAAUAAAAAAACAAAUUUUUUUUCUGAAUAUUUAAAAAUAGCAAAUAAAAAUCUAGAUGUUCAAAUCCGUUCACAAGAGCUACGAAUCAGAGAGGUUGUUGCUUUAGAGCGUAUUUGCGAUGCAAUUGAAAAUGCACCUAAAGCCCAAGUAGAUGUGUCUAAAGCCCAAGGAGACAUCGGUAAAGGAAAAAGCUAUUGGAAAAACAUGGAAAGCGUUUUGGCCGUACUUCGAUUAAGAAGAAGAACAUUAAUCAAUGAUGAAUCAAUCACCCACCCAUUUUCAUAUUUAAAUUUAGCUUCCUUUAAGUUAAAUCAACAAGGGUAUCUGAUUGAAAGAAAAGUUUGGGUUAGGCCAAAAAGUUCUCAAUGGUUUAAUGAGAUUUUUACUCAAAUGGAGGAAUGUGAAUUUAAAGAGCAUUUUCGAGUAAAUCGUAACACAUUUAAUUUCCUAGUUAAUGAAUUGCAUCCACAUUUAGGCAAAACUACCACAACUAUGCGAGAACCUAUUUCAGUAGUAAAACGUGUUGCAGUUGCAUUACAUUAUCUAGCUUUAUGUGAAGAGUAUCGUGUUGUGUCUAGCCUUUUUGGCAUAGGAAAGUCAACAGCAAAUUUAAUUGUUCAUGAAGUUAUUAAUGCUGUUAAUGACAUUUUGCUCCCUAAAUAUGUUAAAUUUCCAUUGUCAGUGGAAAAUUUAAAUAAACAUAGUAGAGAUUUCGAAGCUAUUCUUGGUUUUCCACAAUGCGUUGGAGCUGUUGAUGGAUGCCACAUCCCUAUUUCAGCCCCUAAAGAUCAAGCAACUUCUUAUUAUAAUUAUAAUGGGUGGUAUUCCAUUGUACUUUUUGCCGUUGUAGACAGUCGAUACCGUUUCAUUUAUACAAGUGUUGGAUUGCCUGGUAGAAAUAAUGACAGCUAUAUUUUGCAGAAUUCUUCUUUGAAAGGAAUUUUAGAAUCAAAUCUAUUUGAUAAAUGUUGUAAAGAGCUGGGCGAUUCUCUUGUUCCACUAUGUUUGAUAGGUGAUUCAGCAUUUCCUUUAACGCGUCAUUUGUUAAAACCUUAUCCUGAAAAUUUGGAGCUUAGUGAAAUUCAAAAAAAUUUCAACAAAAUACUUUGCGGAGCUAGAAGAGUAGUUGAGAAUGCCUUUGGGCGCGUUAAAGCUCGAUUCCGUGUAAUUUGCAAACGUAUGGAAUGCGAUAUUAACUUUGCUACAAGAAUUGUUAAUGCUUGCGUCACUCUUCACAACAUUUGUGAAUAUUAUGAUGAUAUUAUUAUAAUAGAAUGGCUUCUGCAUCAUCAUGAUGACAGUCUAGCUCAACCCAAUACAGUUUCUACAACUGGGAAUAAUGGACCAGGAAAAAAUGUUCGUGACUCAAUUGCUAAAUACCUUUAUGAAAGGGACAAGUAAAGUAGUAAUAAUAUCAUUUUAUUUAUAAAGUAGUAAUAAUAUCAUUUAUUAUUUAAAGUUUUAGCUGUAA